ACGCUACCAGUCCCAUGAAAGCCAUGUACUCGGGAGAGAGUCAUGUCAUUCUGUCAAAACAAAACUGAAUUUCACAGUUGUAUAUUGGUUCACAAGGUGACGCAGUUUAUGGUAGGAAAUUAUUUCUAAAUUCUUAAUUACUAUCUAAUAGCCAUAAUCAAAAUGUUUGCAAGUGACUUCUUUAUAGGUACCCAAUUCUAGUUUCCCACAUGAAAGAUACCGAUCGUAGAACAGACUUGGAUGCUUGACAAUAACGUUGCACCGUCGAAAUAUGUUCAGCCUAGACGAUGAUGACACCAGUCAGUCGGAAGUAAAUAGUAUAGGAAUAGUCUCCGUUACUUGUGAAAAUGAGGAGAAGAUGUACCGAAACAAGUCGGAGCUUUACAGAAGGUUGGAGUGCAACAUGAACAUUUUGAGGACAAACCCCACUGACGCAUCUGCUGUUUUCGAAUCUACGUCUCGUUUCGACAACCUUAUCCUCAACGGCUCAGUGUCUGUUCCGACAAGUUCGUUCGCUUGCAAUAGCAAAUGCAUAGAACAAGUUUCAACUAUUAAAAUUGUCAAUAGCCCUCAUGUAGAAGAGUCAUCUAACGAACUCGAAAUGACAAACUUGACUGGCUUAGCAAGACCGAUGAAACCUUCGACAGACGACAAAUAUGACAAGCGAACAUCAGCAAGAUCGAUGGCUCAGGAUAGUGGUACCGACAGUUAUGUCAGUCCUUACGUACUCCCCUUACAAAGCGUAGAACAGCGAAAACGUCGUUGCGUAAUGGCAGUCACCAUAGCAGCAGUAAUAGGAGUUACAAUCGUUAUUGUUGUAAUAGUGCUGCUUACCUUCAGCCUCCAUCGUUAAUGUCGGCCAUGAGGAACUAUCGCAAACCGACCAGCAGUAAUACUCUUUCAACAAUUCAAAUACACAUAGUGUAUUG